CUCCAGGGGGUCGGUGCGGCGGGCGAGCAAUGCCCCUCACUUUUCUGCUUGCGCUGCCCUUCCUCCUCCUCCCGGCUUUGAAGCUUUUGUUUCCCCCAGCCGCUGCGAUGGCAGGAAACUUCUCGGAGGGAUGGGCUCAGGCCGGGCUUGUGCUGUGCUGGGCUCCGCAGGGCACCGGCCACGCCGUGAGGUUAUUUGGAAAGAAAAUAGUUUGCUGAACAGAACAGCACAAGAUGACUUAUGAUUCUUGCUCUUCAUUGAAGCCUGUCUGGAUUGAAGGUUGCAUAUGAGUGAGAACCUUGCUCAAGAGAAAAUGUGCACACCCAGUAAUUUUCAGCACUGAAAUGGAAAAAAGUGAUUGUAUGAAGCUUUUUUGCAUCUGAAAAGAAUCAGUGAGAGUAUAUGUUCCAAAAGUGAGAAUGCUGUGACAAAAAGGUAUCUGUCUCUUGUAUGAGUACUUUGACCAUCAAUAAGCUUACGUAUUUAAACUGUCAAAGCAUGGUUGUCUUUUACAAGCUACAUGAUUACUAUUCAGCACUGACUCUGGCUUUGAAAUUACAGGAUCUGUCUUUCUCAAAGAGCGAGGACUGAAAUGAAAUUGCUGUAAAGUUAUCUUAUUGGUCCCUUUCAGCUUAAAUUUCUAUCCUUACAUAACUUUUGGGAAGUUGGAAGGGUAGGAGGAGAGAUGGAGGCACAUAUUUAAUAAUCAUGUAGGUGCUUCUGGUAGAAGCCCUUUAAGUAACCAAAAAAAAAAAAAAGAAAAAGGGAAAAAAAUUAUAUAUAGACUGCUACAGAAGGCAUCCUCUUGAAUUUUUUGGCUGAAAUGCCAAUCGAAGGAUGAUAGCCAAGAAAGAGCGUAACUAACUUGCCUGCAGGUUAGAUAAGUAUAACUCCAAAACACAUUUGAGAAUGCAGUUUCAGUAUGUGGUGUAUUGAGAGAUUUCAUAUCUUGGAAUGAUAAACAGAGUAUAGAGAAGGGUGCUGCCUGGAAACCAUCAGGAAGCAAUGAGCACAGGAGUAACACUCAAAAGUCUCUUUCUACCUGGGAUCCAAAGCCUGCAGUCCUCUUACAAAGUUAGGUGUCAUCUUUGCUACAGCUGAUCACUGCUCACUUUCAUCGUUCUUGAAAGAAGAUAUGGCUGAUGAUUUAUGUAACAGCCAAAUGGCUAAUGCUUGCUUCUCACUUUAAGCACUUGGCUAGGUCCAGGCAACAGCUUGCACGAGGUCAUUCUCCUCCUCUUCUUGUAACACUGUACAGAAAAGCAUACAAGCUUCACACUGAGGGGAGAAGGCACAAAGUAGGAGGUAGCUGUUUGCUUAUAGAGAGCUGGGAUGGUGAGAGAGCAUACAGGAGAAGAUUAUUUUUCUUAGUUGCUUUUUCUGGCUUUGUUAGGAAUAGGCUAUAGACGCCUGUGAGGGUGAUUCACCUCUUCCUGACAUGGACAUCUGUAUAAAGAUUACGUGAAAUAUGUCCUAAAUUGCCUUCUAAAUCCACAGAAGCUCUAUGGCAUCCACAGCACCCUGUGGCAAGUAUUUUCACAAUUAAUUGUGAAAUAAUAAUCUCCAGUUCUGGACUCCUCAGUUCAAGAGAGACAUGACUGGAGCAUCUCUUCUGUGAGGAAGGGCUGAAAGCAGGAACUGUUCAGACUGGAGCAGAGAAGGCUCAGGGGGCAUCUUAUCAAUAUAUAUAAAUGCCUGUAGGGAAGGUGCAGAGGACGGAGCCAGGCUCUUUUCAGUGGCUCCCAGUGACAGGACCAGAGGCAAUGGUCACAAACCAAAACACAGGAUGUUCCCCCUGAACAUCAGGAAACACUUUUUCACUGUGAGCAUGACCGAGCACUGGCACAGGUUGCCCAGGGAGGUUGUGGAGUCUCCAUCCUUGGACAUACUCAGAAGCCAUCUAGACAUGGUCCUGGGCAACUGGCUUAGGUGGCCUUGCUUGAGCAGGGAGGUUGGACCUGGUGAUCUCCAGAGGUCCUUUCCAACCUCAACCAUUUUAGGAUUUUGUGAUUCCUUUGGCUUUUCCGAUUCUUAUAUUCUGAGAGACAGCAAUUAUUUGCUUACUCUGUGCCACUAAUAAUUCUGUAGACCUCUAUGAUACCUUUUUUCAGUCACUUUCGAAUGGAGAUCAGGUGGAACAGCACUGAACAUAGUACUGAAGAGGUGCCAUGGAUGCGUGUUGUAGCAGAACACUACAGCUUCCUUCCCUCUUCUGUGUUCUUGGCUUGUGGAGUCAUAAACCUUGGUGGAAUUUUGGAGCCAAUGCCAGCCGGCUCCAAGACGGACCCGCCGCUGGCCAAGGCCAAGCCAAUCAGUGCCUCUGUGAUAACAUAUUUAAGAAGGAAAACAAAAGAGUUAGAAAAAAGACCUUUUGAAACCGGAGAGAGGAGUGAGAAGAUGUAAGAAGCUCUGCAGACACCAAGGUCAGUGAGGAAGGAGGUGGAGGAGGUGCUCCAGGCGCCGGAGCAGAGAUCCCCCUGCAGCCCAUGGUGAAGACCAUGGUGAAGCAGGCUGUCCCCCUGCAGCCCAUGGAGGAAGGAUGAGGGGGUGUAGCGAUUCCACCUGCAGCCCGUGGAGGACCCCAUGACAGAGCAGGUGAAGGCACCUGAAGGAGGCUGUGGCCUGUGGGAAGCCCACGCUGGAGCAAGUUCCUGGCCGGACGUGUGGACCUGUGGAGAGGGGAGCCCACGCCAGGGCAGGUGGAAAUGCUGACAUGAAUUUAAGAACUUUGAUGCUUUCAGACAUUGAAUUUUGAUUUGUUAAAUAACCCGGAAUAAGACACUGCCUGAACAAGAUGGAAUGCCUUGAAGACCUUUGGUUCUGCUUUCAUUUCUCCUGAAGCAAUGGUUUUCUCAGCAAUGUUGACGUUGGCCCACUCUGGGACCUCAAAUGCUACUUUUAUUGUUUAUGAAAAUGCCUAUACGAAUUUUACCACUCCCCAGUUCUUGCUUCGUAGCGGCACAACACAGCCAUUGAGAUAUAGUUCAGGUGCCGUGCUCGCCACUGAGAGAAGUACUUUUCUGGUAAACACUACAGCUAUCCUGCCAUCGCAAGAAGUUUUCAGGAGCUUGAGUUUGCCACUCCAGAUCAUUCUUUCUGCUGCUAUGAUAUUUAUCCUGUUGGUUUCUUUCCUUGGAAACUUUGUUGUCUGCCUCAUGGUCUACCAGAAGGCAGCUAUGCGAUCUGCAAUUAACAUCCUCUUAGCGAGCCUGGCUUUUGCAGACAUGCUGCUGGCAGUGCUGAACAUGCCUUUUGCUCUAAUAACAAUCAUUACCACUCAGUGGAUUUUUGGGGAUAUAUUCUGCAGAGUCUCUGCCAUGUUCUUCUGGCUUUUUGUCAUAGAGGGGGUAGCCAUUCUUCUUAUUAUUAGUAUUGACCGAUUUCUUAUCAUAGUUCAGAGACAAGAUAAACUGAAUCCUUACCGUGCAAAGAUUCUUAUUGUGAUUUCCUGGGCAGCAUCCUUUGUUGUUGCUUUUCCAUUAUCGGUAGGGAAUCCUAAUCUGCAGAUACCCUCAAGAGCACCUCAGUGUGUUUUUGGCUACUCUACAAGCCCAGGUUACCGAGCCUACGUGAUAGUUAUCUUGCUAAUUUCAUUUUUUAUUCCAUUCCUGGUAAUGCUGUAUUCUUUUAUGGGCAUACUCAACACCGUCCGCCACAAUGCAGUUCGUAUCCAUAGCCACCCUGAUAGCAUAUGCCUCAGCCAGGCCAGCAAACUUGGUCUCAUGAGCUUACAGAGACCUUUUCAGAUGAAUAUUGAUAUGAGCUUUAAAACUCGUGCCUUCACAACCAUCUUGAUUUUGUUCCUUGUCUUCAUAGUCUGUUGGGCGCCCUUCACCACUUACAGCCUUAUUGCCACAUUCAACAGCCACUUCUACUACAAGCACAACUUUUUUGAGAUAAGCACUUGGCUCCUUUGGCUCUGCUACCUCAAGUCUGCACUGAACCCACUGAUAUACUACUGGAGGAUAAAGAAGUUUCACGAUGCAUGCUUGGACUUGAUGCCCAAAUACUUCAAGUUUUUACCACAGCUACCUGGCCAUACAAGGCGGCGCAUUCGACCUAGUGCCAUCUAUGUGUGUGGGGAGCAUCGGUCGGUAGUGUGAAGCUGCGGUUGUUUGACAAUGAUUGUUAUUUUCUGGGAUUAUUUGUUUUUAGGCUUUAGGUUGAAUUUCGUUUAAUAUGGCUUCUUCAGUGUGGCCAUAUCUUAUAACUUGAUGAAAUUUUCCAGUACUCUGUGCAAUUUUGGGAGGAAAGAUGGAGGGCAAGCAAUUGAUUAUAGUUGGGUUUACUACCAGAAUACAAUGUAAACAAAAUAACUAAUGUUACCUCUAGGAUUCCAUGGAAAUCCAUUCUUUUAAAUGAAAAUUACACUUGUAACAUUUUGUCAGGUUUAUGCUUACUAGGCCUGCAAUUGAAUCUAAUUGUAGGGACUUUUUAUGCUGCUAAGAUACAGUAUGUUUAGUUGGUGUAAUUUUUCUGAAAAAUGUUGCUGCUGUCUGCCAAUAUAUUAGAGCCAAAAAGUCUCAUUAGAUUACUUCUAUUUAAUUUAAACAAUAUUUCAGAAGUUUUCAUGGUGACACUAGAAAACUUUUUUCUUUUUUUUUUAAAUAUUUCCAUUAAUAUUUUUGUGCACUUUACAAAAUUUACUAUAGAAUUUGUUCAUUGGAAUAUUUUGUUCUGUAUUGAAGGGGUAUUAUUAUUAUUAAUGGUUGGUGAAUUUCAAUGAAAGACCCAUGUAAGCUCUAGGAGGGCAAUUUAUGUUGGUAUAGCUGCACAGACAGUCAUAGAUUUGCUGUUUUUCUAACAAUUGGUCAAAAGUAACAUUAACUGCUCAGCUAUUGAGAGGGAGUUGGAAGGAGAAAAUGGAGGAAUGAAAGGGAAAGAAAGCAAUGAAAAUAACAUGUCUUGAGGUUUAGGCUAACACAAGAUUUAGAAAAAUAGAGUUCAUGUGAAAAUUGUCACGGGGGAAAGUAUGAUUGUAGUUGUUACUUUAGGUUGUUAGAAGCUAUCCAAACCUGAUGGUGUGUCUGAAAACCUAUCUGAAAUUGCAGCACGGGGCCUACGAUUUACACUGUGUUGGUAUCAUGCUAUUUCUGCCUGGAGCUCGUGUAAGGCUAGGAGUGCUCUGUACUGCUGAAAUAAUGCUGUCAGGUGUUCAUUGGGGUAGAAUUAGGAAUAGUAGGGUAAACCAGCAAACAAACAGCACAUGAACCAUAGUUGAGGCUAGAACUUAGUCUGCAUAGUAAUGACUGGGGGAAAAAUCCUCAACUUGUUUGUUUUGCAGUAUAAGUAUUAGACAGAAACCAUAAACUGAUAAUAACAAAUGACAGUUGGCCAGCAGAAUUGCUAGGGAUGCAGGUUAAAUUUCCCUUUUCCCUCCGAUACUACUUUACAUUGAUUUUUUUUGUUGCCCCCUUUCCUCUGUAGUGCCUGCUGCCUCAAGGGUUUACUCUGCUGUUCUCAUCUUUUAGGCAUCAAGUUGCUCUCCCUGAAAUGCCAAACCACCUUUCUGAUUAAUGUCAGGCUGUCUCAGUGCCUACCUGGAAAGCAGAAAGGCAAAGGUUAUUCUUGAUGAUAGCAAUCCAGACUCAGAUAUUUUUUUUUUAAUCAGCUAAAUAAAUAUUUUAUGUGAGGUAAGUAAAAUUAAGACUUAGGUCUGGGCUUUGAAGUUGGAUCCCCAGUUGCUCUGAGGCUGGGGAAGAAUGCCCUCAGAAUUUGUGCAUCCUUGCAGUGGGCUUUUUGGGGCUGUGACUGAGUACAGGAGGAUUAAUGUAUAACAAGUUUAUCAACCAGGGCUAGGGUUUGGGCUUCUCUUGCUUCCAUCUGUCUUUCUGUACCUCAAAGCAUGGGGACCUCUCCAUUGUUCUUGUACCUGAGGAGCAAAUAAUAGCAAUUUUACCUUUUUCUACAUAAAUAUUGAACUGAGUGUAUGAAGGAAAUGCCCUGUACUUUGUGGAUGUCCAGGGACUGCUUGCUUCCUGGGGCCAGCUAAACAUUUACAUCCCAGAGGUUAUUUAGGUCUUCAGUGAAGAACUAAUUUAACGGUUAUCUCUCUUCCUCUCAUCAACAGCUAUUGGUAAAAGUGUUGGCAAUAUUUAAAUUUUAGGAGUAUAAAAGGAACAAUUUUGAGCUUAAUAAUUUCAUUAAAAAAAAAAAAAAAUCUGCUAGCUGAGGGCUGUGGAUUACAGGUAAAGGCACCCAGGCAGUGGCGAUGUUAUUGAUGUCUGUGCAUUCAAUUCCUUGUCAACUUCACUGAUGAUGGUAUGGAUUUUUCUGAUCAAAAUGACAGUCAGUAAAGGACUUCUGCUGUAAAACAGAGUGUUUUAGGGUGUCUUUGCAGUAUAGCUUUUAUUUCUCAAUUACAUUUACAUUGAUAGCGGAAGUUCAUGCUCUGGUUAGCAUGGAUUUUCUGUUUGGGAGCUGUCAUGCCUGUUUAUCUCUGCAAGCAGCAAAAUUGUGCUUGGAGCUAAUGUAAUAGAAUGAGAGCAUACACUGUCUAAGAUGGCAGGAACCAGUAUUUUUGCUGUCUUCCAGAACUAUAAUAUAAAAGGUUUGAAUGAAUGUCAUAAAACAUAGUAAUUCAAGAAGGAAAGAUGAUGAGUAAUACAGGAAAUUUAGUGAAAUCACUUUCUUGAAGGGGGAGGGGGAAAACAUUUUGGGGGGGGAUUUCAUAAUCUCCAGCAAGUACUGGCUGUGAAGUAGAAAUUGCAAACAUCAAAUAAAGUUAAUUUGUCUUGGUAAUUUAGUGUUUGUUUACACUGACCGUAACAGGGUUUCCACUCAGAGCUGUGUCCGCUGAUACUUGUGGAAGAGAAACCCAAAUUGUGUGCCCCAAACUAAGAGUUGAAUUAUGUGGUGAUACAGUAUUCAGACUUACCAGGUUUUAGAGGUGAUCAGAGCAUACAGUGAACAAAAGGGUGUUCAGAAAAGAAACAAGGUGGCACAGAAGUAUCCCCGGGGGUAAUUACGUGUUUACAGAACCAUUUGGCCUAUUGUGUCUAAUAUACUGUCUUUAGAGCAGUGCCUUGAUAAUUACAGGUGAAGUCCUAGGACCAAGUUGAAGACUGCUAAAGUGCUCAGUCUUGCUGUCUGUGAUCCUGCCAAAGUCAGCAUAACCUUCCUAACAUUUGUAAUGCUAAAACACAUACCCUUGGCAGGAUUUGGGCUACUGAGGCAUUUUAGUGGGCUUGACCUUGACCAGGACAAAGGAUUUUAAAAACUGAAAUUGAUCCUUCUUCGUUCUACUGGGGAACUAUAAUCUUCUUCCUCUCCACAGAAAUGAUACUUGUUACUAAGCUGUAUUCCCUCGUGUUACACUUUCAGAAAUCUUUGGUAUGGAGGAUUGAAAUGAAUGUAUUUUGAAUUAUGUUGCAGUUUAAUUCAUUCUGUCAAAGCAUGCUGCUUACACAAGUCUCAUUUGUACAAAUCUAUUGCUGAAAUGAUUCUUUUGUGCUCAAAGUUGUGUAUUUUUGACAUUUCUUGUUACUUAUGUAAAAAUAUUUAUGUAUAUAGAGAAGAAAAUUGUUUUGCCUCUUAUUGCUUUCUGUUACUAUUUUUUUUAAACUUGUAUGCUUAAUGCUUCCAUAUUUCCUUUUAUUUGGGCAUAUGCAUAAACAACUGCCAGAUUUCAGUGGCAACCAUUUGAGAUUUUUAGUUCUCAAAUUAUUCAACAAUGCCCUCCUUGAAAGAGAUUUUGAUUUAUUUUAUGUGAAAAAUAAAAAUUCAGAGCACAAGUUUGUUGCAGUUGGAAUGGUGAGGAAUUUCUUAAGUCCAGUUUUCCUGGAGCCACUACUUUGCCAUUAUGAACUGGUUUGAUCUUUUUUUGAGGAAUAGUAAUUUUCUGAUGUGGAGAAACCUUGCAUUACUGUUUUAAAACAAGCUGUUAAGUCGAAUGGCAUUAUCUUUUCUGUACAUAUUACACCUGUGAAAAUACCGGAGAAACAAAACAAAAAAAAAAAAGGAAAAAAUAAA